AUGAGCCAAUCGUCCCAGCAAUCACCGCCGCCUUCGCGUGGCGGAGGAGGUGGUGCUGCAGCUGCUGGACUCGGCUUAAGCAUUGAUGCGGCCGUCUCUGGCAAAACACAAGCACAGCGAGCCCCCUCGCCGCGCCCCAAAGACUUCAUCUACCUGCUGCGGCCCGAAAUCUACCACCCACUGCCGGCCACCGCUGCCGGCGCUAAUGUGCCACAGUCUUUCCGCAUAUCGGAUCGCCAGCCCAAUCCAGACGAGGCCGUCGGAGCCGCCGAGCUGUCUGCCACCGCCUUGUCCGACCUGCUCGCGUCUGGCCACUUCCGCGCCGCUGCCAUCGUGGCCGCCCGCCAGCUUGUUGCCCAGCCAGAUCCGACCGACUAUGCCCGCAUCUUUUCGCUCUUCUAUACCCGCCUGGCGUGUCUGCUGCUGCUCGACAUGACGUCGCUGGCCGCACAGGAAGCCAAGGCGCUGGAAGAUCUAAACAGCCCGUUUUACCGCGGCGAGGCCGACCCCAACGACCCGUCGGGUCUGCCGCCCCACCUCGCACCAUGGGCGCUGCGCGUCCUGCACGUCCGCCUGCAGGCGCUGGGCUUUGGCGACCCCCGCCGCGCCGUCAUGAGCUACUACGAGCUGGCCCGCGAGGCGCGCGUGCGCAUUGCCGCGGCGCUGGCGACGCACGACAACUCGGUGCGCGAGCUGUGGAAGGCGCGUCUGUCCGAACUGGGCAUCCAAGUGGCCGGCGCGCUCAUCGAAAUGGACGACAUGGCGGGUGCAGCGGCGCACUUGGCCAACCUGUCGACCCCUUCCUCUGCUUCCUCCUCCUCCUCGCCCACGACGACGACAGCGACACUCGCCACCCGCCGCAUCGACAUGGCCAAGGCGCUUCUGUGGCUGCAGCUGGGCGACGUGGACGCUGCGCGGGCGGCCAUGGGGCGCGACGGCGCCUCGCAGGCCGCGGGCGAUGACACGGCGGACUCGCCGUUUGAGACGGGCAAGAGUGGUGAUGCGGGCGACCUCGCACCUCGCGUAGUGGCCGCUCUCUGCGAUAUGGCCGAUGGCGAGUACAGGACAGCGUUGGCGGCAUGGCGGGCGCUCCGCGACGACGCACCCGACGACGAGAUGAUUGGCGUCAACCUGGCCGUGUGCCUGUUGUACGUCGGCCAGAUGCAGGAGGGCCGUGCUGUGCUCGAAGGCCUGGUCGACGCAGGCUACUCGUCGCACACGCUGCUCUUCAACCUGUCCACCAUGUACGAGCUGUGCACCGACCGCGCCAAGGCUAUGAAGUUGAACCUGGCACAACGCGUGGCCGACCAAACGCACGCCGACGGCCAAGCCUGGGAGAAGACGAAUGCCGACUUUAAACUCUAG